AUGCCGGUGUAUUUCCGUGAACAGGAGGAAAACAUCUUGAAGAAGGAACUUCGUGAGAAGCUUAUGUUCGGCACCACUCACAAGCUAGUACAGCAAAUCAGACAGCAGAGCAGUAUAGGAGACGGUGACAAUGUCACUGAAAUUGAGAGGCAGCUGUCGAAAAAUGUCACUACGUCACUAGUCGCGUCACUACAGGAGUUAUCGAUAACCUUCCGACGAUUGCAGAACUCUUAUUUGAAAAGACUGAACAUGAGAGAGGAACGUUCAAAGCCGUUUUUCGAUACAGCCCUCGACAUUGAUUUGAACAGCGACAGUACAAUCGUCGAUUUGAACAACUGGGGAAGCGGAGGUUUCAAUUUGACCAGCGAGGCUGAGAAUCUCGAUCGCCAGUUUAGCUACAAAUCUAUGCUUGCUGGAGGAGCGGAUCAGGCCCAGGCGCAGCUAUUAAUGUUGGAAGAGGAGAAUACAAGGUUGGCAGCCCAUCACGAAACUGAGGUUCAGGGAAUUGUCAAAUCCAUCCUUGAUUUGAACGACAUUUUCAAAGAUUUGGCACAUAUGGUGGUCGAACAGGGCACUGUUCUAGAUAGGAUAGACUACAAUAUAGAGCAGACCCAAACUCAGGUACAUCAGGGAUACCAACAGUUGAGAAAAGCCGACGAAUAUCACCGGAAAAAUCGGAAAAUGGUCUGCAUAAUCGUGCUAGCUUCAGUCACCAUGUUCCUCACCUUUCUACUAAUCAUUGUCAAAACAUAGGUCAACAUUCUAUUAGUGAAAUAUAGUCAAUGUUUUCAAAUUUGUUAAAACAUGAACUGUGUUAUGGAAAUUGGUCAUAUCUAUCAUUCACACUGUAUCAAAAUUUUGUCAUGAAGGAAAAAUACCAUCAGAAGAUAUCCCAUGGUUUAUGUUCCAAUUUUCACUGAUGAAAAACAUUAUACAGAUGGAGAAUUCUAUUGAUCAUUGUAAAAACAUUGACUGUUUAGCAGGGAAUCUAUUUGGAAAACUAUAAACAUUUUGGAAUUGUUUUCAGAUAGGAUAGGCUGUGCUGAAUCGCUGAAUGAUAUUAUUUGCUAUGAGCAUUUAGAAAAUGAAUUAUCAAGCAUUAAACUCAAUAUGAAUUACGGUAUGAUAUUUUCAAGAUACUAUGAAAUGUGUGAAGUGGAAGUUUAUUAUAUUUGUUGUCUAACACUGUCUGUUAUUGAUAUUCCAAGUGUUACUUAUGCUAAAACUAGUCAGUUUCAUAUCUACUCUCAUUUUGAAACAAUAUAUGCCAGUUGCACAAAAGCCGGUUAAAUUUCAACCGCGAUUAAUUUCACGAGAACCAAUAGGAGAAACCGUCAUUUCUAAAAGGCCUUCUCUGAUUGGUUCUCUUGUGAAAUCAAUCACGGUUAAUAUUUAACCGGCUUUUGUGCAACCGGGGCCUAAUUGUCUGUAUGUAUUAGAAAAUUUGCCAUUUCAUUUCAAUUUUGACAUUUGACAAAUCUGUCUUCAAACAUCUAGUGAAAAUGUAUCAUGAUCAAUUUAUCACAAACUCGAUUUAUUUCUAAAUAGGAGUGUCAUUUAUUUUUGAAAUCCACAAAUCAAAUCCUGUAUAAUCAAAGUGUAUAUAGAUUUUGAUGAAUAAAAUAAAUGUUUAAGUUUCACUUUUACUUACAUUCUUUACUUUACUUUUAAUGUUUUUACAUUAAGUAUCCACUUUAGUACCUAAUUUAAAACAUUCAAACUUUUCAAUUAAAAGAGUUGGCAGUAUGUAUAAAAUUUAUUCAUGUCGCAUCUGAAUUGUCUGUUGUAGAAUUAUUUUAAAAUUGGUAUACUUAUCAAAAUGUUCUAUUCUCGUUGAUAUUGUGGUAACUAUAGUAUUAAAUACUACACUAUACUGAUAUUAUCUCACCUGUAGCCAAUGUAUUCUGUCACUUCUCAACAUAAAUUAAAUUGCCUCAGCUUUAUACAAGUUUAAUUUUUAAGUUAAUUAAUUUUUAUAAAUUAUGUAGAAUCAUUAAGAAAUUUGUUUACUUUUCAAAAGUUCUUGUAUGAACACAGAAUGUUCUAUUGUUGUUGAUAUUGUGAUAUUACAAUACCACUAUAUCGAUAUUAUCUCACCUGUAUAUAUUCUGUUACUUCUCAAAUAAAUUAAAUUGCCUUAGCUUUAGUUAGUUAGCAAAUUCGUUGUAUAUUCAGACUAUUUAGAUUGAAUUGUAGCCUAUGUACGUUAAUAUUUAUUUAUUUUUAUAGAAAUAAAC